GUGUGGCUGCAGCGGGGCUUGCAGGUAUCCGGUCUUGCUGGCCCAGCAAGCCUGAUAAGCAUGAAGCUCCUAUCUUUGGUGGCUGUGGUCGGGUGCUUGCUGGUGCCCCCAGCUCAAGCCAACAAGGUGAGGGAGGUGAGCCGGCAGCACUUCGUGACGACGACCGUGCACGAGCACCCUGCCUACAGGGCUUCCUCAGAGAGUUCUGAAGAUAUCCGGUGCAAGUGCAUCUGUCCACCUUACAGAAACAUCAGUGGCCACAUUUACAAUCAGAAUGUGUCACAGAAGGACUGCAACUGCCUGCAUGUGGUGGAGCCCAUGCCAGUGCCCGGCCACGACGUGGAGGCCUACUGCCUGCUGUGUGAGUGCAGGUAUGAGGAGCGCAGCACCACUACCAUCAAGGUCAUCAUUGUCAUCUACCUGUCCGUGGUGGGUGCCCUCUUGCUCUACAUGGCCUUCCUGAUGUUGGUGGACCCUCUGAUUCGAAAGCCAGAUGCAUACACUGAACAACUGCACAAUGAGGAGGAGAAUGAGGAUGUGCGCUCUGUGGCAGCAGCCGCCACGUCACUUGGGGGACCCCGAGCAAACACAGUGCUGGAGCGCGUGGAAGGUGCUCAGCAGCGGUGGAAGCUGCAGGUGCAGGAGCAGCGGAAGACAGUCUUUGAUCGGCACAAGAUGCUCAGCUAGAUGCAGUGUGGUCGGGUUGGGGCCCCAAGGCCACGGCUGUCAGCCUGCAGGCUGGACGGAGCCAGGGGCUACCACUCCUUUCCCUCAGUGCCAGUCUUCUCCCGGUAUCUCUUAAGAGCCUGUGACGUUUUUCCUUCUCCCUCUCUUUAGAAAUGUUGUACUUGGCUGUUUUGAUUAGAGAAGAGCGAUGGGGUUUCUGAUUUUUCUCCUCAGAGCUUUGGGGUUGAAGGGAGGGGAAGGCAGGCCAGAAGGGAACGGAGACAUUGGAGGCGGCCUCGGGAGUGGAUGGGGUCUGUCUUUUGGCUUCACCCUUCCAGUUCCGGGUCUUGGGGAUGUUAGUACCCUUUGGAAGAUGGAACUGGGUUACCAAGAACUCAGUGUCUGGCAGGAAAGCAUGGCCUGGCACUCAGCACGUGCUCCUGUCUGCAGUGGUUCUCCUGACUGCCUUCCUCUCAGCCCCAAACCACUGUGGUCUUCCAGGUGCACCUGGGAGCUUGGUGUACCUUCUUCCCUGUGCUCUUCCAUCAGGGAUGUCAGUGUCCAUGCAUUCCUGCUUACUCUGCUGCCUGUCCCCUCACUCCCACUUCAAGUGGCUGGGCAGUCCCCUCUCCUCUCCCCAGUGUCCACAGUCACUGAGCCAGACAGUUGGUCAGACCACGCGACAUACGAGGCUGAGCAGUGGGUUUGAAUACCAUGGCUUCUGUCCUUGGAUCACCACUUGUCCCUGAAUUUCAUUGUACCAAUGCAUGGAGAGAAUGUUUGUCCUGUUGUCUUAGCGUUGUCGGUAAAUCAAGGAAGCCAUCAUUAAAUUGUUUUAUUUCUCUCAC